CCGGCGUCCAGGCAAGACGGUUUUUUCGUGUAGAAUAUUUUUAUCUCACUCAUUCACUUGUCUUCGUGAUAAAGACAGAAAAAGAGGGAGUGGGAGAGAAAGAGAGAGAAAGAGAGAGAGAGAGAGAGAGAGAGAGAGAGAGAGAGGAGAGAAAGAGAAAAAGAACAACCGUAAAAUAAAAAUCGAAGUAAUCCUUCGAAAUACUAUUUUUUUUGCCAAAACAAGCCAAAUAGAAUUUUGUUCUCUUUAAUAUUCCUUUUAUUCGCGCGCGCACAGAUCGCGAGUGAACUCUCAAAGAGUAAGAAGGAAAGUAAACCCAUAGUCUGAUGCGCUAUACCGUCACCUUCGACCUUUCCUACGGCGAUCCGUGGAACUCGUCGUGGAGAUUUGAGUGCCGUGUGAGUGCGUCGUCGUAACGAUACGAUGACGCGAACGGACGCGCGUUUCCGCGUAUAGCCGAGCGGCGCGCCGCUCAUAAAAGAGAAGAUCAAAAAAAAAAACAGAGAAAAGAAAAAGAAAACAAACUAAAAAAAAAAUCUUUCCUCUUUGUCCUUGAAAUUUAUAUUUUGAACUCGUCUAUUAAAUCGAUUCUAUAACGGCUACCUGUAAUAAGGUAACAUUUGAUUGUUCGAAAAUAAUAUUGAAAAAUCAAAAAAUUUAAACAACUUUCGUUGAAAGGAGGAAAAAGAAAAGAAACAAAAGGAAGAAAAUGGAGGACGAAUUGAGAUGUCCUUGUUGCAAAGAACUAUUCACGGAGCCAGUUUUGUUGCCCUGUUGGCACGCUCUGUGUCUCUCGUGCGCUGUUAAUCUUCAAGCACCACCCGACUCACCACCCGAAUCGACAACAGACUCCUCAAAUGCUCCUUGCUCCGAUCAAGAAGCCGACAAAUUGUCAAUACUCUCGGAAACGGAUUCGGGCGUCGUCUGCGGUAGUACUUCGACUAGUUCACGACCUGGAAGUUACGUUGGUACACCCGGGAACGGUGGUUUCCCACCAUCCGGAGGAACCCUUUGUCUAUCUUGUCCUGUAUGUCGUAAAACGGUCUACUUCGACGAGGGUGGUGCUCAUAAUUUGCCCAAGUAUAGGGCUAUGCAACGUAUCGUUGAAAAGUAUCAAGAAUCGAGGAACGCAAGAAUGCAAUGCCAGAUGUGCGAGGGCGAACCCCGUGAAGCUACCGUCGCUUGCGAGCAAUGCGAGGUACUGUACUGCGACGCCUGCAGAGAAUCUUGUCAUCCAAAACGUGGUCCCUUGGCGACUCACAAUCUUGGACCACCGCGAGGCAGCUGGCAAUCUAGCAGUGGCAAAGGUUCUCGUGGAUCUGAAGGUACUCCAGUUUGCAACGAUCAUAAUGGCGAGGCCGUUUCUCUCUAUUGUGCACUCUGCAAAAUCGCAAUUUGUGGGCUUUGCCUUCGAGAUCGACACGCUGCUCAUCCACAUGAUGUUCUGCCAUUAGCAGCCGCCUGCAAAGCACAAAAGACGGAGCUAUCGCAAAAUUUACAACAGCUAUCGGAGCGUGCUCGUUCCACGACGGAAUUCAUUCAGAGGCUCAAAGGAAUGACGGACAAAGUACAUGAGGAAUGCGUGGCGCUGGAAGAAGAAGUGGAAGACCGUGUUGCAAAUUUGGUGAAUCUUCUCCAAGCAAGAAAAUCACGAUUGAUCGAAGCUGCGCGACAAACUCGUGAAGCCAGGGUUCGUUCAUUGAGGGAUCAAGUCACGAGAUGUGCAACUCACCUUCAAGCAACGACGGCACUUUUAACAUUUUGUAUUGAGGCUUUGAAGGAGACAGACAGUGCAGCUUUUCUCCAAAUAGGCGGAAUGUUAUCCGUUAGGGCUGCCAAUGCUGCAGGUUCUUGGGGUGGUGCCGAGGGUGUCCAAGAGAUCGCUCGUCUUCCUCUUCUUGAUCUUACUCUUGAUGAUAAACCUUUAAGACGAGCUAUCGAUCAACUAACCUUCGUUCAACUCAAACCUUCCGAAGGAGAAGAACGAUAUCCUACGGCAGCACCUGGAGCACCUUUAUUGAUUCCGGAGGAAUGCAGUGCCGAAAACAACAGCGUUACAGUCGCUUGGCAGCCACCUCCUGGACACGGAGUUAUGGGUUGUGCCGGUCAAAGAGGUCCAGCCAUCGAAGGAUACCUUCUCGAACUUGAUGACGGCUGUGGAGGAGAGUUUCGGGAAGUGUACUGCGGACGAGAGACCAUCUGCACCGUCGACGGGCUGCACUUCAACUCAUUGUACAACGCAAGGGUGAGGGCAUUCAACAGCGCCGGAGAGGGCGAAUACUCCGAGCUGAUCGGCCUUCAGACCGCGGAGGUGGCGUGGUUUUCGUGGGCUACCGGUGCUACUGGGAUACCGCAGGAAGUUUCGAUUUCCGAGGACGCAAUGAGCGCAUCCUGCGAGGGUUACGAGCAUCGUGUAGUUCUCUCUAGCGUUGGAUUUUCUAGAGGCGUACAUUACUGGGAGCUGACCAUCGAUCGAUAUCACAGUGACACCGAUCCUGCCUUCGGCAUCGCUAGAGCUGACGUCGCACGUGAUCAAAUGCUUGGUAAAGACGACAAGGGCUGGAGCAUGUACAUAGACCGUCAACGAUCCUGGUUCAUGCAUGGUGGUGGUCACGCUCAGAGAACGGAGGGUGGUGUGCAACAAGGCUCGACUGUAGGUGUUCUCUUGGACCUGGAUACUACCCAUACAUUACGUUUCUUCGUAAACGAUCAAGCCCAAGGUGGUGUGGCUUUCCGUGAUCUCUAUGGUGUCUUCUAUCCAGCCGUCAGUCUUAAUCGUGGUGUCACAGUCACUUUACACACUGCUUUGGACGUACCUCGACAUUUACUGGCACCUCACGACGAUUACCUUGGCGAUAUCGUCCAAAGCUAGGGGUACCUAAAUGUUCUGAAGAAGAGCUUGUUCCAAGAAAUGGCCUCGGCCGUUCCUUAUAACAUCUUUGAGCGUGGCACCAAGGAUUCGGAUGGUUCUACACAGGUCCAAACGCUCGAGAGUAUCAUCGAAGAAAGCUUCUGCGAAGCUAACUGUGGCUGAUAAACCGAAAUGAUUCUUCGGAGGAUUCAACUUGACUCGCUACGUUAUUUCUCUCGGAAGAGAAAUCGCGCGAAAACUUUUUCGGACCUUCGAUGUGUUCUUCUUCAAGAUCAAUGUUCUCUUAUUAUCUUUUCUUUUUUUUUCUUCUCUUUUCUUUUUUCUUUUUUCACUUUUUAUAUCGAGUACGUGCGUCAGAUUUUCUCUCGACGGAUUAAAGAUGGUAGGGAGGAAAGAAACAAUAGAGCGCGUAACUUUUAUCUUCGGACCUGGGAGCAAACGAAGUCACGACUUUUUCCGAGGAUUGUCAAAUGUACACGAGUUUGACACGUCGAAUUUCGAAAUUAUUAAUCGCGAAACGUUCGACGAUUUUUCUACCCGGGUCCUAACUUUAUCCAUAUCGAGACGAUUUAUAAAUGUAAUGGUAUGUAUAGACGUUUAACCUCAAUAAAAAUAUAUGAUAGAGCGUAUUUCGAAAGAAGAGAGAAAGAAGAAUAGCAAAAACUUUCUCAGCUUACGAAUAAAGAUGCGAGUUAUUCGUUUUCUAGUCUCCCUAUAGGAUUCACAUCGUCCCUGCCUCAUCGUUGCAUUCUUGUCGUCAUUUUCAAUGAAACGAUAUAUCAUUCGUUCGUAAAAUCGAUGAAACAUCUACGAUGAUUCGCUGAGCCAUGGAAAUUCGAGUUUUUAGAUGGUCCGAUAAAAAACAAAAAGGAAAAAAAAGCUAAAAAAAAAAGAAGAAACCAAAAAAAAACAAAAAAGCUUCCGACUUGACUUAAAUCUUUUAUCACUUUAAAGCUACCCUCUCGACUUCGAAGGAAACCAGGAACGAAGAGAAGGACAUUUAGGAUAUAAAACAAUCGAUUAUGCUUUUUUAACGCAUUUUUAACACGUUGAGUACCGUAAGUGAUAAUUGUCUAUCCGAUUUCCAGACAUUUCCGAGAAUGUAAUAAUAAAAAGAUUAAAAUGUGUGUAGUCUGAAAAAGAUGAUAAUACAUUUUCCAGUGUUUUUAUUUCCAUAAACAAAAUUAAAAAAAAAAAAAAAGAAAAAGAAAAAAAGAAAAAAAAAGAAAAAGAAUUAGACGUUAUACAUACAUAUCUCUAUAUAUUUAUAUAAAAUCAAUAUGGCAUUCAACGUAUUCACAUGAUUUAAUGAAUGUUUUCGAUAUAAAAUGAUAUAAUUAAAGAAAUAAAAGUACUCUACGAAGCGGAGUAUAAAUAUUUAGAGAAAAAAAAAGAAAAGAAAAGAAAAUCAUGCGAAAGAUCAAUAAGAAACUUUCAACAUUCGUUGCAAUCGGCUUCAAUCACGUGUUGUCCCUUUCCUAUAUAUCCUUUUUUUUUUAUCAAUUUGUAUAUCUAUGUCUAAGGACGGAAAUAAGAAACGUAUCGAUCACGGAAUUCGAACGUUUUAACGAUUUUUCAAGAGAAAAAUACAUUCGUGUUUCAUGCGUCUUUGAUAAGGGAGCAUUGUAUAUAGAUGUAUAUAGAAAAGCAUCGAUUAUAUUGCCGAUGAAAAGAGAAAAAAAAAAAGAAAAAAAAAAGAAUUACCAAUUGUAACGUUUACGACUGUAUUCGACCAAUAAAACGCAGAAAAAAAGAAAUAAAGAAAAUAACAAGGAA